UGGGGGCUGGGGGGCUUUGGCUCGCGUCCCAGGCCCUCUUUGCCUGUGCCAGUUUGAGUGCGGGUGGCCGGACGAGCUGCAGCUGAAGCACGAAUCGUAGGCACUCCUGGACUGCCCGGGGCGCGCGUGCCGCUUCCCAGGAUCCCAGCGAUUCCCCUUCUCGGGCAUCCUCUGCCCGGACACAGGCUCCGAGCGAGGGUGGGGCCCGGGGGCUGCCUAGGUCCACGAUGGCAAGAGAAUCGAGGGCGAGCGUGGCCCUGGGCGCCCCGUCCAUCGAGGAGCAGACGGGGCUCCUCGCAGUGAAAGUGGAGAAGGAGGAGCCGUCGGCCUUCGAGGAGGAGGCCUGUUUGCCCGGCCGCCCCGCGCCGGGUCCCGAUCGCUCCCGCCUGCGCUUCCGGGGCUUCCGCUACCCCGAGGCCGCCGGGCCCCGAGAGGCGCUGAGCAGGCUCCGGGCGCUGUGCCGGCAGUGGCUGCGGCCCGAGCUGCGCAGCAAGGAGCAGAUCCUGGAGCUGCUGGUGCUGGAGCAGUUCCUGACCAUCCUGCCCGCAGAGCUGCAGAGCUGGGUGCGGGAGCAGCAGCCAGAGAGCGGGGAGGAGGCGGUGGGCCUGCUGGAGUAUCUGGAGAGGCGGUUGGAUGAGCCGCCGAGGCCGCAGGUCAUGGCUCGGAACCCUGAACUGCUCUGUUGUAAGACAGCGUUGUUCACGAGAGCUCGGGGGUCACACAGACGCCCCUUCCAACCGAUGAAGUGUCUGCCCAAGCAUGAACCUCUGGGAUCCCGGCCCUUACAAAGCAGAGUUUUCCAGGAUCCUGGUCCUGUCCAGGUAGGAAGCUGCAGAGAAGACACAGUGGCAGCUUCCAGGCUCACCCCAGAGUCCCAGAGGUUGCUGAAAGUGGAAGAUGUGGCCCUGACCCUCUCUCAUGGAUGGGCACAGCUAGACGCGUCUCAGGGGAAUCUCAGCAGAGGCAAGAGGCAGGAGAACUGUGGCAGCCUCACCUCCCUGGGUGGUGGCAUGUGGACUAAGACCAGGGACUUCCCUCCUGAUAAGGACCACCCAUCACAAGAGCUUGGGGAGAUUCCACGCCACCUGAGUGAAGACAUUGUCCAGAUCUCUCCAUGUGCAGAAGCUGAAGAACCGGACGGCAGGUUACACAGACACCAGAAGAAUGUCAUUGGGCUUCGACGGCACUACUGCCACCAAUGUGGGAAGAGUUUUGCCCAGAGUUCAGGCCUGACUAAGCACAGGCGAAUCCACACUGGGGAGAAGCCCUAUGAGUGUGAAGACUGUGGGAAGACCUUCAUCGGGAGCUCUGCCCUUGUCAUUCACCAGCGCGUCCACACUGGUGAAAAGCCCUAUGAGUGUGACGAAUGUGGUAAGGUCUUCAGUCACAGUUCCAACCUCAUCAAGCACCAGAGAACCCACACGGGGGAGAAGCCCUAUGAGUGUGAGGAUUGUGGGAAGACCUUCAGUCAGAGCUGCAGCCUCCUCGAACAUCAUAAAAUCCACACCGGGGAGAAGCCCUACCAGUGCAACAUGUGCGGAAAAACCUUUAGGCGGAAUUCCCACCUCCUGAGACAUCAGAGGAUCCAUAGUGGGGAGAAAAGCGUGCAGGAUCUUGAACACAGAGAGAGCUGGCAGAGUCAGGGUAGACUAGAAAGCCAGUGGGGAGAUGUGGAAGCUCCCGUAUUAUAUAAAUGUAAUGACUGUGACAGGAGCUUCGGUCGGAGCAGUAGCCUGACUGAACACCAGAAAAUCCACACGGGUGAGAAACCCUAUCAGUGUGAUGCAUGUGGAAAAGGCUUCACCCGGACGUCAUACCUAGUUCAGCAUCAGAGAAGCCAUGUUGGGAAAAGAACACUAUCACAGUGACUCAUGGUGUGGGUGCCAGAGUGGGUACUCAUUCAUCAUGGAACUGGAGCCACCGGGAGCUCUUCCUGACUACAGAAUUAUUGAGGGGCCUUUGUCACUAAAAACCUUCCAGUGUUGGAAAUAUACAGUCUGGCUGAAACAAAUUAUCUUCCAGAUUCUAGAAGGUGAUUGGAAAAACGUGUUUGAUAAGACUCUCUAGGAGAGAAGCAGUUGGUCCAAAAAUGCUUUGUUCUUAACCUGUUGAGCUCAAAUGGACUUCCAGUCUGGCUACUCCCCUGUAGCCAGUAUUUGAUCACAGGUAGACAGCUUGUUUAUGGAGCUGGGCCUCGAAACAUGGAUUUUGUCUGUCAUGAAUCUCCCUUGACUUGGUCAGAUGCCUGAGAUCUUGCACCCCCACAGUGCCUUGGCUAUGAAAAACUCAAACUCAAUGCUGACUCAUAGUGACUCUAUUGGACCGAGUAGAACUACUCCUGUGAAUUUU